AUGGACGCCCUGGUCGUCGCCGACGCGGCACCGGGGAGGUACUACAUCGCCGCCCAGCCGAUCCAGGCGCCUCUGCCGGACACGCAGACACCAGAGUUCGCCACCCGAGGGACGUUGCAGUAUACCGGCGGGGUCACCAACUCGAGCCGCGCUGACGUCGUGGCGCCGGAGAUGCCGCACGAGCACGACACCAUCAAGUCCUUCUACUUCCACGGCAACCUGACGGGCCUCCGGCACCGGCAGCGCGCGCGCGUGCCGGCGCGCGCCGACGAGCGUCUCUACGUCACGCUCGGGCUGGGCUCCAUCUGCCGGCACGGCCGCAAGUCGUGCAAGAGAGGGGACGAGCCGAAGAGCAACCAGGUGAUUGCAAACAUGAACAACGUCUCCUUCCACGACGCGACGGCGACGCCGAUCCUCGAGGCGCACUACUACCGCCGGGGCGGCAACGGCGUGGUGGGCACGGCGGGGCUCCCCGACCAUCCGCCGAGCGCGUUCAACUACACCGACCCGGCCCUGAUCCCGUUCGGGCCCGUGGAGAUGCGGCUGGAGCCGACGUCCAGGGCGACGGGGAUCGGCAACUAUGACGCGGCCACGGAUGAGGCCAAGUUCAACCUGGUGAACCCGGCGAGGAAGAACACCGUCCUCGUCCCCAAUCUUGGCUGGGCGGCCAUCAGAUUUGUCGCCGACAAUCCAGGGGCAUGGUUCAUACAUUGCCACUUCGAGUUCCAUUUGGCGAUGGGCAUGGUUGCAGUGUUCGUUGUAGAGGAUGGGUCAACACCCAAUACAUCCCUCCCUCCACCACCACCGGGUUUCAUGGAAGGAAGUCCAUGA